AUGCCAUCCCGUCGCGACCUCUGGGACCGUUCUGCUACGACAACAGCCGUCGAACCUCGCGGGCGGUCUCUGCAGCCCGACGGUAGGGCAACGGAGCUCCCACGAGUCGUCCGCACCGCCCCGACUCCGGAGAAUGAACCCGUGUCGCUGCCGGCGUCGGGCACCACGACGCCCGCGUCUAAACACCCGGCGUCUUCGCCCAAGGAUAGGUUCUACCUGCUGACGGCCCUGAUUAAUGCCUUGAAGUUCUUCCUGGAAUGCCAAUGCGUGAAGUGUGACGAUUGCGAGUCAUGGCUUUCCGAUGAUUGGCGUGAAGAUGUCGGAACAAAAGGCGAAGGCAGUGAUACUGGCCAAACGGAUUUCGAUCUCGAGGAUGAUAAGUCGGGGAGGCUCAGGCGGCUCUUCGCGUCCCAGCACGGCAUCCCGCGUCCCAACGGCCGCGUGGCCAAAGUGGCCAAAGUGGCCAAAGCCCUGUUCGAAUUUGCAUCCGUUCUCAAAUUCCUUGCCAGCGAAGCUGUUGCGAUUAGCCGCCAGGCGAUCCUGAAGCUCCUGACGGAGACCAGGCUAAGGGAGCCCGAUAUCCCACCGGGGCAUCGACGGAUGAGAUGGAAGAACGUGAGUGCCAUAUGCACCACGUUUUGCAUCGGCUUUAUGCUGCUACUAAUAGAUUCGCCCUAG